UCAACGUCAACUCAAUAUCUGCCUUUGGCAAUCAAUUUUAUUGCUUUGUUGUGCUUUGUUUUGUAAAAAUAAAUAAAUAAUAAUUAUAUUUCAUUUAACAAUUUUCACUUCAUUAUAAUAUUAUCAGAUUUCCACAUAAUUUACAAUGGGGAAGGGAUUCAAUAAUUAUAUGUGCAAAAAAUUCUUUCAUCCUGCCUCAAGGGACAACUUGAAAAGGGUAUGGAUGGCUGAACAGAAAACAGAAGCCUAUAAAAAGAAACAAGAGGAGUUACGAGUACAAUAUGAAAAAGAACAGGAACUUCAUGAAAACAAGGCUUUAUUAAGCAAGGACAGCAAGGAUAAAUUGAGCCUGAAUUUCAUGUAUGAACCUCCUCCUGGUGUCAAAAAGGAGCGUGAACGUGAGGACAAUGAACCAGAAUAUAAGUUUGAGUGGCAACGCAAAUACAAUGCCCCUAGGGAAAGCUAUUGCAAGGGUGACCACGAAAUCCGAGAUCAGCCAUUUGGUAUACUGGUACGGAAUGUAAGAUGCAUAAAGUGUCAUAAGUGGGGUCAUAUAAAUACAGACAAAGAGUGCUCCAUGUAUUCUUUGUCAAUGAGUGAGGCUCGUGCCUUGCAAGCCUCUACCUCAGCACCUGAAGAGGAAGAAGAAAAGCCAGAUGUGCCUACACUAAUGCAGCACAUGCGUGACUCAGGGCUGGUCAUGAAGCCAGGUGCAAUGCCAUUAGCUGCCACAAAGAUGGAGGACAAUGACACAUCAAGCUUAACUGAAAUGGAUCUUAUCAGUCAACUGUCCAAAAAACAAAAGAAGAAACUCUUGAAGAAACUUGAAAAGCUGGAAAAGAAAAAGGACAAGAAACAUAAGCACAAGCCUAAACAUUGAAGUGAAGUACAUAUUGUGUUAAAUAUUAUAAAAUUGUAUUUAAUCAGAUCAUUUUUCUUGCUGUAUUGUAUACUGAUAAAAAUUAAAUUAUGUAUUGGCCUAUUACA